AUGGACUCAUCCAACAGCGGCGGCGGAGGGGGCGGGGACGGGCAGAAGAAGGACCUCGUCUACGCCGAGUCGAUGCGCAAGCGCAUGUCUGAGAUGCAGCAGGAGCUGAUGCGGGAGCGGCAGGCCCUCGAACGACUGGGAAAGCCGUACGAGGCCCAGGCGCGGGAGCAGGUGACGACGGCUCUCGGCGGGACGGGGGAGAGCGUGUGGAUGCUCCUGGUGGGCGGGAUGUCGAAGAAGGGCCUCAUCGCGCAGGGGACGAGCCUGGUGGCGUCCCUGGCCGGAGUGAACCAGCGCCCGCUGGAGAGAACGCAGGUCGAAGCCGUGACGGAGCACUUGCAGUCCGGGGCGACUAGCACUGCCGCCAUCGAGCUGGGCGUUGACGCGACCGUCCUGGCGGCCGCCAUGGCCCGCUGGAACAACCCACCCCCGCAGGUCAAGGCCAACCGCUUCUCGCGCUACACCUGGCCCGUCAUGCUGCUCAUCGGCUACGCCAUCCCCGCCAAGCUCUUCGUCGAGCCCAUCAUCCUCACCCUCAACGCCCGCUACCGCGCCUCCCGCUUCCGCGACGACCCCCGCAUGGCCGGGCUCAACGUCGACAUCCACAGCCAGCUGGCCAAGCUGACGCGCAUCGGGUGGGAUGCUACCAACGGCGGUCAUCCCCAGACCAACGACGACCCCAGCACCGACAUUGUCGACGAGAUAGAUGACGACGCAUCACCCGUCGCCCCGUCGAUGAGGCCCAGGAACGGUGUACGACAGGAUCCUCGCAACGAAUACGACGGCUCAGCCUGGGACCGUAUUCGUCAGCAGACCAUGUCUCAGGGCCGCUAUCAGCAGCAGCAACAGCGCCUGCAGCAGCAGAAGCAGCAGAGCGAUUCAUGGGGGAACGACUCUCAGGCCAACAGCUACCCGUCGGACGAGACGAUGAGCCAGGAUCAGGCACAGAGGGAUUUCGAUCGCCUUCUGGAUCAGGAACGUAAGGGUUCGGAGCAGCCCAACGACAAGUGGAGGUGA